AGAUUGACUGACGCUCGACUGGGAUGUAGGCUGCUCAGCAGAUAAAGCCGCUGUCCUCUCGGCUGCGAGGCUUUGCUUUUUAACUCCCCGGCGACACUAGAGUUAGAGGGUUUCCGGCCGGAGGCCAUUAGAAGGGACACCCGGAAGGCGGAAGUCCUAGGACGGAAGUGCCGAGAGGAACGGAGAAUGGCGGCGGAAGGCUGGAUUUGGCGCUGGGGCUGGGGCCGGCGGUGCCCGGGAAGGCCUGGGCUUCCCGGCCCCGGCCCUGGCCCCGCUACACCUGUACUUCUUCUCUUUUUGCUGGGGCCGGUGGCUGCGGAUAUAACUGACGGCAACAGUGAACACCUCAAGCGGGAGCAUUCGCUCAUCAAGCCCUACCAAGGGGUCGGGUCCAGCUCCAUGCCCCUCUGGGACUUCCAAGGCAGCACUAUACUCACGAGCCAGUACGUGCGUCUGACCCCUGACGAACGCAGCAAAGAGGGCUCUAUCUGGAACCACCAGCCUUGCUUCCUCAAGGACUGGGAGAUGCACGUCCACUUCAAAGUCCAUGGCGCAGGGAAGAAGAAUCUCCAUGGAGACGGCAUUGCCUUGUGGUACACCCGGGACCGCCUGGUGCCAGGGCCUGUGUUCGGAAGCAAAGACAACUUCCAUGGUUUAGCCGUCUUCCUGGACACAUAUCCCAAUGAUGAGACCACGGAGCGCGUGUUCCCGUACAUCUCGGUGAUGGUGAACAAUGGCUCCCUGUCCUACGACCAUAGCAAGGAUGGCCGCUGGACCGAGCUGGCAGGCUGCACAGCCGACUUCCGCAACCGCGAGCACGACACCUUCCUGGCUGUGCGCUACUCCCGGGGCCGUCUGACGGUGAUGACUGACUUGGAGGACAAGAAUGAGUGGAAGAAUUGCAUCGAUAUCACUGGAGUGCGCCUGCCCACCGGCUACUACUUCGGAGCCUCGGCUGGCACCGGCGACCUGUCUGAUAAUCAUGACAUCAUCUCCAUGAAGCUUUUCCAGCUGAUGGUAGAGCAUACGCCUGAUGAGGAGAACAUUGACUGGACCAAGAUCGAGCCCAGCGUCAAUUUCCUCAAGUCACCCAAAGACAACGUGGAUGACCCGACGGGGAACUUCCGCAGUGGGCCCCUGACAGGGUGGCGGGUGUUCCUGCUGCUGCUGUGUGCGCUCCUGGGCAUCAUCGUGUGCGCCGUGGUCGGGGCCGUGGUGUUUCAGAAGCGGCAGGAGAGGAACAAGCGUUUCUACUGAGCGGCUGGCGCUCGGCUUGGCUUGGAGAAGGGCCUGGCCUUGGGCCCGGCACUAAUGUGAACUUUUUUUUUACUGGGAUUGUAAAAGAAAAACAAGGACAACCUUAUUUCUUAACCGUUUCAAAGAUAUAAUUAAAGUAUUUUCCUACAUUUGCUUUUUGCCCAGCAGGAACGGGCUGCAGGGCUGGGGAAUAAGGGUUUGGCACCCCACAGCUAGGGACAGAGGCCCUGGCCUGUUGCCAGCAUCUCAGGAGCAGAGAUUCUGUGCCUGGAGCUGGGCCCAGGCCCCCACUGUACUGGGCGGGCGCCUGAGGACGGGAGCAGUGAUUCUGUCCUGUGUGUGGCAGAAGAGGAGGCCGAUUGGGGAACCUGGGCCUUCCUGUUCACCCUCUGAGCUUCUUCAUGAGGCAGACCCUCAGCUGAGGCUGGAGGAGCAGUUUGGAGGGGCUCAGAGUGUGGCCGUUUUCUAAAUAAAGUGAAAUAACCCACAUCAGCUGGGUAACUGUCC